GAUUUCAUAAGGUUUUUAUUUAUCGUCUUUCUAGUAUGUCUGUUAUCCUUAUUCCUAUUUUUCUAAGAAAGACCAAGUAAAAGAAAGCCUUUGUCUUGAUUGAAACCUAGUGUGUUUUGUUGCAAUGGAUGCGUUGGGACUUCUGAGAAUCAAGGUCAUAAAAGGCUUCAAUCUUGCUGUCCGUGAUAAGGUAUCGGGUACCAGUGAUCCUUACGUUGUCAUCACCACGGCUGGUCAGAAAGUGAAGACCCGCGUUUUGAAGAAAAACUGCAAUCCGGAGUGGAACGAUGAGUUAACUCUCCAAAUCAAAGAUCUCAAUGCUCCGAUCACUUUAACGGUGUACGACAAGGACACGUUCAGCGACGAUGAUGCGAUGGGAACCACGGCGAUCGACAUUCAGCCGUACGUAGAGGCAGUGAGGUUGAGGAAGAGCUUGGGAGAACUCCCGAACGGCGUUGCACUGAAGAAGCUACAACCAUCGGGGACAAACGACCUGGCUGAUGAGAGCUGCAUUAUUUUGGAGGAUGGGAGGAUCACCCAAAAGAUGCGUCUCAAACUCAAUGAUGUCGAAAGUGGGCAAGUGUUGAUCCAAGUGGAGUGGGUCGAUAUCCCUGGCUCCAAAGGUUUGGACCCUGAUUACUGAACCUAUGUAUGGCUUCAACAAGUUUAUUCUAUCUGCUUUAGAGUUUCUGUGAACCGAUCAGUUAGUACGUUGUUCCACUUCCAGUAUAUUCUGUAAGCCUAAAAAUCUUGUUUCGAUUCGUAUGUAAUGAUGCAGAAUAGCACGUAAUAGAUGAGUUUUGACAUAAUAUCUAAACUAAUAAUUGAAUUUGAUUCAGGGG